GCCGCCGACAGAUCUUCGUGGAGAAAGUCGCUUUUGGGUUGAGCUGCAGGUCGUCCACGAGGUUAUUUGAGUUCGCUCCCAAGCGUAUCUGCAAUUCAAAAUGUCGCACCCGUCCCCUCAAACUAAGCCCUCCAACCCCAGUAACCCCAGAGUCUUCUUUGAGGUGGACAUCGGAGGGGAGCGAGUUGGUCGAAUUGUCUUAGAAUUGUUUGCAGAUAUUGUACCCAAAACUGCAGAAAAUUUUCGUGCAUUGUGUACAGGAGAAAAAGGCAUUGGACCCACCACUGGGAAACCUCUCCAUUUCAAAGGAUGCCCUUUCCAUCGAAUUAUUAAGAAAUUUAUGAUUCAGGGUGGAGACUUCUCAAAUCAAAAUGGGACAGGUGGAGAAAGUAUUUAUGGUGAAAAAUUUGAAGAUGAAAAUUUCUAUUAUAAGCAUGAUCAGGAAGGCUUAUUGAGCAUGGCAAAUGCAGGCUGCAAUACAAAUGGUUCUCAGUUCUUUAUCACAACAGUCCCAACUCCUCACUUGGAUGGGAAACAUGUGGUAUUUGGCCAAGUAAUUCAAGGAAUGGGUGUGGCAAGGAUACUGGAAAAUGUAGAAGUGAAAGGUGAAAAACCUGCCAAAUUGUGCGUUAUUGCAGAAUGCGGAGAAUUGAAGGAAGGGAAUGAUUGGGGCAAAUUCCCAAAAGAUGGAUCUGGUGACAGUCAUCCAGACUUCCCUGAGGAUGCAGAUAUAGAUUUAAAAGAUGUAAAUAAAAUUUUACUGAUAACAGAAGAUAUAAAAAAUAUUGGAAAUACUUUUUUCAAAUCUCAGAACUGGGAGAUGGCCAUUAAAAAAUAUGCAAAAGUUUUAAGAUAUGUGGAAGGUUCAAAGGCUGUUAUUGAGAAAGCAGAUAGAUUGAAGCUGCAACCUAUAGCUUUAAGCUGUGUGCUGAAUAUUGGUGCUUGUAAACUGAAGAUGUCAAAUUGGCAGGGAGCAAUCGACAGUUGUUUGGAGGCUCUUGAAAUAGACCCAUCCAAUACCAAAGCAUUAUACCGUAGAGCUCAAGGAUGGCAAGGAUUAAAAGAAUACGAUCAAGCAUUGGCUGAUCUUAAGAAAGCUCAGGAGAUAGCACCGGAAGAUAAAGCUAUCCAGGCAGAAUUGCUGAAAGUCAAACAAAAGAUAAAAGCACAGAAAGAUAAAGAGAAGGCAGCGUAUGCAAAAAUGUUUGCCUAGUAAGAAGUUCAGUUUUACUUAAAUACGCAUUGUUAUAUAAAGGCAAUAAGAAAAUUUAAAGGUUUUUGUCGGUUAUAUAUGAUCCCUGAUGUGUUUCCUUUGAUACUUCAGUUUCCCAUUGUUUAUAGUUCAGGAAUACUGAAAAGAGUUCACUCUUAAUAAAACAGUGUUACAAAAUACA